UACGAACACAUGCUUGUCGAUACCUUGCUAAUUGUUAUGAUGGUAAAAUUAGGCGGAAGAUAAAGAAGUUGGAAAUUCAUCAUCAUGGCAAUGGCAGCUCCUUUAGAUGUGAUUGGCUCAUUGAGAAAAGAGUUCGAGUGUUCUGUGUGCAUGGACACGCUUCGCGAUGCAAGAUGUCUGUUUUGCCAGCACACAUUUUGCUUCGACUGUCUUGAAAGUUGCGUGAUGUCAGGCCGUGAAGCAGCCAAUGUGAUUUCGUGCCCAGUUUGCCGAGAAGUGACCCGUCUACCGCGGGAAGGAGUGGCCGGUUUGAAGGGCAAUGCGCUAAUCAACAGCUUGCUGGAAAAACUGGACGUGUGGGAUAAAACCAAAAAUCAUGGUCCAGAUGCCAGUGGAGAUUCUCAGGGACAAGAAGCCAAGCGAUGCCAAACUUGUAAGAAGCGCAAGCUAGAUGCCACAUAUUUUUGCCACCACUGCAAGGAGCAUCUAUGCCUGGAGUGUGUUCAGAGUACUAAGCACCAUUCUCAUCACAGAACUGUGUCUGGACCUGAUGCCGAUCAAAACUGUGAAGUACAUUGUUGGGUCCCAGCCAAAUUCUAUUGUAUUCAGUGUGAUAAGCUCUGCUGCCGUCUGUGCAGCCAUGACAGAAAGACCACCAUCCCCCUGCACAGGAAGGCAUCCAGUGUCCAGGCUCUGAUGCAGGGACUGAUCGACCAAUGCAGCAAUGAGAGCAUUGCCAUUCAAACAACUCACCAUGAAGUCAACAUGAUCCGAGAGAAUGCUACCGAAGCCCUCCAGAAACUUAUAGCAGAGGUUCGUCAGAAAGCUGAGAUGGUAAUCUCCAAGGUUGAGGACAAGAAAGAGGAGCUACUGGCUUACCUUGGUGCAGUUAUGGGGAGGAUGGAGGAAGAGAUGGAAGAAAAGCAGAACAAGUGUUUAAAUCUUGAGGACAGUCUGCAAGCUGUAGUGACAGAAUGGCAAACUUUGCAGGAAUCAUUGAGUGAUGCACUGGUGGUAAAGAAACAAGGUAGCAUAGCAAACAAGAUGAAGGAUCUACUAAAAGCCAUCGACUCCCAGCCAGUGACUCCCAAUUCGGCUCUCAGUGAUGCCUUGAAUGAUUAUGGGUUACAAUUUAUCCCAAGUAAGCUAUACCUUGAUGCAUUGUGCAAUAGCAGUACCCUGGGACGAUUUGAAGUCGUACCACGCUGGGUUUCACAUCGCUAUGACGAAACAUAUGAAUCCAUUUCACAGCUGAUGUUCCUAGAUGAUGGCAAAAUGUUGAUUGCUGAUACUUGGAAUGGGAUCAAAGAUAUGCCUCCUCUUGAAGAUGAACUCCAAGAUGGCCCCAACCUUGUUCAUGGUGAUGUGGUUCGGGACUUGACUGUGGUUGCUGGCAGCACCAUAGUGUACCAAAAUAAUAAGAAGGAAAUCUUCAAAAUUGUAGGUGAAUCUAGUGUCCUGUUGCAUGGAUUUAAUGGUAAGUGGGUCUCUGUAACUUCUUGCCCAAGUGAUGGGCAAGACCUAAUCGUAGUAGCAGAUCAGAAUUUCCAUGAUCAAUGUAUCAUGUUCAUGGACAUUGAAGGAAAUCUUGUGAGUUCGCUGACUGCAUCCUAUGUUGGUGGCGUUCGCUUCCUGCGAUUCGAUAAGUUCCAGAAUGCCAUCUUCAUAGACCAUGAUCGACAGGGAGUUCACUCUCAGAGGCUACGCGAUGAUGGUACGCAGAAUUUUGUAAUCGCUGAAGAGAACACUCUGUAUCUGGCUUUGGCAUGUCACAAGAGUGAUUUUCUGUACAUCGCUUCCCAAAAGGCUUCUCGUCCGAAUGUAGUGACGGUCAACAAGCAUUCCCUUGAGGAUGGAAGUCUUCUUGAAACUCUGGUGACCGACUUCGUAGUCCAUAACUCAUUCCGUAUGGUCAUGGCUAAUUUGAAAGACAAGGCUGUUGCUGUUGUGGUCGGGAGUUCUGUUGCUCUACUAUUAGCAGGAACAGGUGAAAAUACACGUGCAGUUCUACAGCUUGAGUAAGAGGACCAUAUAUUUCAUAUAGGUCUCAUCUUACACAUAGUUGCUAUAGAUUCAAAUCAAACAGGCUGACCUCUAAUAGAAGAUAAGAAUAGAGACCUAAUUGAGUUUGAUUUUGAAUCACAACUGUUUAUAAGACAUUGCUCAGAUCAUGUUGGAAUGUGUCACAGUGAAUUGUACCAGAAUUGUGUUAACAAUAUCAAUAUGAGACUUCAAAAAAAAAUCAGCAAUUAAAAAUUUGAUUUGUUUUACUUCAGCUAGUCCUAUUUUUUAAAACAUUCCAUGUAGGUUUUGCACACAACAGGUUGAAUAUUCACAUUUUCAUCUUUACAUCCAUGGAUUGUCCUUACUGCAAAUAUUUCAUCAAAAGUAUUUUCAUUCGGUUGUAAACUACCAGUAAAAUAAAAAAAAAUCUUUAUUUAUUGGCUCUUAAAUAUCAAUGAUUCUAGUUAGUUUUUUUCUAUUCUAAUUAUUCAAAGUUAGUUUUCAGAGCCAAGAAAGAAACUACUACAGUCUUAUAACACUGGUAGUAACAGCAAAGUUAAAAUAAUUCCAGACACAAUUUAGGCAUAAGAGGGUUGUUCCUUGGACAUAAAGAUGUGAAAUGGGAAUUUGCAGUAAAAUAUGAGCAAAUCUUUCCCCCUUCUUUUUUUUCCUUGCUUUACAGUCUAAUGGUUUCCAAAAUAGCAAAACAGUCGUAGUAUUAACGGUGAAGUUAUUGGUCGUGAAACAUUUUGACUCGUGCCCAUCGAUUCUUGUCAUCAACAUGUCUUCAGUUAUUUCAUUUAUCGAUGCAUUCUAUAAAAUAUUAUAUCAUUUCUUUCAUGUGGAAUUUUAUCAGUAGCAUCUGAAGUCAAGAUGAAAUGAAAUCAAGAUACAUGUAAGUGAUAUUGAUAGUCUAUAAAGCAUUUUGAUAUUUUCCGAUAAAAAUGCUAAAGAUUUUGUUUUCUCCAAGUAAAGUGCAUUUUCAUCACAUUUCAGUGGAAAGUCAGUAAAAGUUUGAGUGAUAUUCACAUUUCAAAAUAGUUUCUCUUUUCCCCCUUCUUGUAUAAAUGGUACUUCAUAUUCAAUCAAGUUCACAAGUUUUCAGACCAGAAAGAAAUCUUGAUAUUUAUGAAUAUUCUUCUUCUUGGCAAUGUGGCUUAUUUAAUGAAGGUGAAUGGCUCAAUGGUGCUUUGCCUCUUACUUUAACAUUGAUAAAAAAUAAUUCAUUUUCCCUUUAUAUGGGUUAAAGAAACAUUAUUUAGCAUGAAAUGUAUGAGUACCAUACCAUUAUAUAUGACACAAUGAUUUCCGUCAUAUCGAGCAGAUGAAUAUUGUUGGACAGAAGUAUUUAUUUUAUUGUAACGUGAGCUCAGUUGUGCUUUAUAUGAAAGUGCCUUUUUAUUGUUAUUUGUGUUUUUCUGUGAUUCCAGGUCUGUGCUUCUUUGUUGAUUUAUUGGGUGAAUUCUAGAUACCUUGAGAAGCAAGUAGGUUGUGUUAAAAUUGUCAUCGUAAUCAAUGUGUUCUUGAUCUUCUUGUAACCUUUGUUUGUAUUGUAGUUUCAAAAUGUCACCUUAUACUUUGAGUUCUUGUUACAUUUCUCUUCAAAUCAUAGUGCUGUAUUCAAAUGAUUCAUUAUAUUCAGUUAUUUUGUACAGUCUUUAUACUAAUAAUCUUGUCUUGGUUACUUGAUGUACUGAUAAGAACAGUGAAGAAACCUCAGCUUGCUUAUUAAUGGAAAUCUGUUUUAGACUCCUUGAUUAUUGAACUUUUAUUCCUGCAAAUAUCUCACUUUUUUCUGCAUUGACUAGAAUACCCUUUAAAGUUAUCUAACAUAACACUUGUCCUAUGAAUAAGUUUAGGUGCAUUUGCGUCAAACUUAAUUUGUAUGUUUUUUAUUUGAUGGGGGAUCAAUGAUAUUUGAAACAUCUCAUAAGUGAAGCUACAUUCUUUCUCACUUUCAGAUGGGUGCCAAUCAUAAACUCUUAAAAAAAUGAAAAAUUUAGAAAUAAUUUUUCUCUGAAUAUGAGGAACCACAUCAUUAAAAUUGUACCAGUAAAUGUCGCACCAAUAUUAAUCAGAGUUCACAAUUAACAUGUAUGUAUUUCUCAUUUGGGCCCACUUCAAACGUUACGCAUUAUGGAUGAAAUGUCGUAUGGGUAUAUUAUACUGUAGAACCGUGCAAAUUGUUUCACUGAUACCUCUCAACUUUUAUUCCACUUAAGGCUGAUCAAUAGAUACAUAUUUAGGAACUGUUUUCUUUGUAAUUUGUAGUCUUGUCCUUUAGAUUUAGAAGAAUUAUAUAGUCUAAGUUUCACCAUUUUGUGUUUGAUCUGUUAUUUUUGUAUUCAUGUUGAAAGUCUUGAUAAUAAAACCAUAUACAGUAUUUUGAAAAA